AUGCAACAAGCUCCUUCUUGGUACCAAAUUUGUCAACGUUUUUUUCUGUUUGUGCUUUUUCUUUAUCUCUCUCUCUUCUUUUCCGUUAUCUCUCUCUCUUCUUUUCCGUUAUCUCUCUCUCCUUUUCCGUUAUCUCUCUCUCUCCUUUUCCGUUAUCUCUCUCUCUCCUUUUCGUUAUCUAUCUCUCCUUUUCGUUCUCUCUUCUCUCUCCUUUUCAGUUCUCUCUCUCUCUCUCCUUUUCGUUAUCUCUCUCUCUCCUUUUCCGUUAUCUCUCUCUCUUUUCCGUUAUCCUUUUCUCUCCUUUUCUCUCUCUCUCUCUCCUUUUCGUUAUCUCUCUCUCUCUCCUUUUUCGUUAUCUCUCUCUCUCUCCUUUUCGUUAUCUCUCUCUCUCUCCUUUUCCGUUAUCUCUCUCUCUCCUUUUCCGUUAUCUCUCUCUCUCCUUUUCCGUUAUCUCUCUCUCUCUCUCCUUUUCCGUUAUCUCUCUCUCUCUCUCCUUUUCCGUUAUCUCUCUCUCUCUCUCCUUUUCGUUAUCUCUCUCUUCUCUCUCUCUCUCUCUCCUUUUUCGUUUUCUCUCUCUCUCUCCUUUUCCGUUAUCUCUCUCUCUCUCUCCUUUUCCGUUAUCUCUCUCUCUCUCUCCUUUUCCGUUAUCUCUCUCUCUCUCUCCUUUUCCGUUAUCUCUCUCUCUCUCUCCUUUUCCGUUAUCUCUCUCUCUCUCUCCUUUUCCGUUAUCUCUCUCUCUCUCCUUUUCCGUUAUCUCUCUCUCUCUCUCCUUUUCGUUAUCUCUCUCUCUCUCCUUUUCCGUUAUCUCUCUCUCUCUCUCCUUUUUCGUUAUCUCUCUCUCUCUCUCUCCUUUUCCGUUAUCUCUCUCUCUCUCUUUUCUCUCUCUCUUUCGUUUCUCUCUCUCUCUCUCCUUUUCCGUUAUCUCUCUCUCUCUCCUUUUCCGUUAUCUCUCUCUCUCUCCUUUCCGUUAUCUCUCUCUCUCUCUCCUUUUCCGUUAUCUCUCUCUCUCUCCUUUUUCCGUUAUCUCUCUCUCUCUCUCCUUUUCGUUAUCUCUCUCUCUCUCUCCUUCUCUCUCUCUCUCCUUUUCCGUUAUCUCUCUCUCUCUCCUUUUCCGUUAUCUCUCUCUCUCUCCUUUUCCGUUAUCUCUCUCUCUCUCCUUUUCCGUUAUCUCUCUCUCUCUCCUUUUCCGUUAUCUCUCUCUCUCUCUCUCCUUUUCCGUUAUCUCUCUCUCUCUCUCUCCUUUUCCGUUAUCUCUCUCUCUCUCUCCUUUUCGUUAUCUCUCUCUCUCUCUCUCCUUUUCCGUUAUCUCUCUCUCUCUCUCUUUUCUCCUUCUCUCUCCCUUUCCGUUAUCUCUCUCUCUCUCUCUCUCCUUUUCCGUUAUCUCUCUCUCUCCUUUUCCGUUAUCUCUCUCUCUCCUUUUCCGUUAUCUCUCUCUCUCCUUUUCCGUUAUCUCUCUCUCUCCCUCCCCCUUCCGUUAUCUCCCCCCCCUUAUUUCCGUUAUAUCUCUCUCUUUAUUACUAUAUAAGAGCCUUUGUUCUUCUGCUUAUUAUGGAAGGGAUUGUUUGUCCCCCUGUGAAACCAGAAACAAAACCAUCCGAGGGACAAGCAGCACCAGCAAAUGACACAAGUGCCACAGGCUUGGAAUAUGAGAGAUACCUCCAUGAAGUUGUAUCUGUUUUAGAAGAAGAUCCAGCUUUUAAGAAAAAAUUAGAAGAUUCAGACAUCAAUUACAUAAAGAGUGGUGAAAUUGCCAAUGACUUAGAUUUGGUUAAUCAUAACAUCCGUGAGCGAUUAGAUGAAAUCAAAAGGAUAGAAGUGACCAGAUUAAAGAAUCUCGUUCAUGAACAAUUCAAAAUGAAAGCUGAAAAUCGAGACAGCAAACACAUUCCUUUGCAACAUAUCAAUUUGGCCAACCCUCACUCAUUUGAAGCUACAGAUUUGGCAAAACUUAUCAAACAGGCUACCAUGGACCUGGAUGAGUUGGACAGGCAAAGAAAAGCAGAAUUCAAGGCUUAUGAGAUGAGGAAAGAGCAUGAAAGGAAUCAAAAACUGGCUGACAUGAAUAGCACACAGCGGGCAGCUGAAGAAGCACGCCUAAAAGAAAUGGAAAAUAAACACAAAAAUCACCCUACACUCCAUCACCCUAUGGGCAAAGCUCAACUUGAAGAAGUCUGGGAGGAAUCUGACCAUUUGAACCCAGAAGAUUUUGAUCCCAAAACUUUUUUUAAACUUCAUGAUAUCAAUGGUGAUAAUGUUCUUGAUCCAACUGAAGUGGAAGCUUUGUUUACCAAGGAGAUUGCUAAGAUGUAUGACCCCAACAACCCAGAAGAUGACAUGCGUGAAGCCCAAGAAGAGAUUAAUCGCAUGAGGGAACAUGUUUUCAAAGAGGCUGAUCUUGAUGGAAAUCAUGUCUUGGAUCAAAAUGAAUUUGAAGCCCUUACCAAGAAGGAAGAGUUCAAUAAAGAUGAAGGCUGGAAGGGUUUGGAUGAAGAUAAUGACAUUUAUUCUGAUGAGGAAAUGGCGGAAUAUGAACGUCAUUUGAAACAGGAGGAAAAUCGUCUCCAUGAACAAAAUGCCUAUGAACAUGUUGUACCAGGGCAAGUGAAUCACCCAAAUGAUCCAAAUGUUGUCCAUAUGCAACAGCCUACUGACUUACCCCAAGGAAUGCAUGCUCAGGAAUUUGUCCACAUACAACAACAGCAGCAGCAGCAGCAGCAUCAGCAACAACAACAACAAGAACUACACUUCCAACAACGGGCCCAGUUUGCACAAGAGCAGGAGCUGAAGCAUUCACAGUUUGCACAACAGCCUGUACAGCACCAACAACAGCCUGUACAGCACCAGCAGGUACAACAACCAGUUGUCCACCAACAGCAACCCCCACAACCUCCAGGUCACCAGCAGGUAGCAGCAACCCAGAAAGAACACAAUGCAGCAGCUGCCCCAGUAGACCAUGGUCCUGGUCACCAGUGA